UGCAAGCUUGUCAGGGACAGAGUGACACAUUGCCCUCUUGCGAAACGACGAAAGUGACGGUUUAAAAUUACAAAUCGAACAAAGAUAUGGAGGGAGGCAUAAUGGAGAGUCCUCAGAGGACAAUAGAAUCAACGGAUUCCGACGAAGCCGCACUACAAGGAUGCUGUGGUCCAAAAAGGCCACUCUACAGAUUUCUGGGACUGGCAUUAAUGUGCCUUCUUGGUUUUGGGUCAUAUUUCUGCUACGACAAUCCUGGUGCACUGCAAGACAACUUCAAAAGUGAUCUCGAUUUGACGACUAGCAAAUUUGUACUACUUUACUCCAUAUAUUCGUGGCCAAAUGUGAUUUUCUGUUUUAUCGGAGGAUUUUUACUGGAUAGAGUAUUUGGCAUAAGACUUGGCACGGUUAUAUACAUGGGACUAACUCUCAUUGGUCAAUUUAUUUUUGCUUUUGGUGCAUACGUUGAUGCAUUCUGGCUAAUGAUGCUCGGACGAUUUGUUUUUGGAAUUGGAGCAGAAUCUCUAGCAGUUGCACAGAACAGUUAUGCGGUAUUAUGGUUCAAAGGAAAGGAGUUGAACAUGGUAUUUGGGCUCCAGCUCAGCUUUGCCAGAGCCGGAUCUACCGUGAACUUCGUGGUAAUGGAUCCCAUCUAUAACUGGGUGGCGCAAUCUUAUUCCGGAUACCAGUGCAUAGGCAUUGUUCUAUUACUUGCAUCAAUCACUUGCGUCGGUUCAAUGAUCUGUGCCGUAAUACUGGCAUUCAUGGACAAACGUGCAGAGAGAUUGUUGAGACGCGGAGAAGGUGUGACACCCGAAGUGGUACGACUAACAGACGUUAAAGACUUCAAAGGGGUAUUUUGGCUGGUAGCCGUAGUCUGCAUAGCUUAUUAUGUCGCUAUAUACCCAUUCAUCGCCCUAGGAAAGGUUUUCUUUAUAAGAAAGUACGAAUAUUCGCCGGCUGCCGCCAACAAUGUCAAUUCUCUAGUCUACUCAAUUUCGGCAUUUGCUUCGCCGUUACUGGGCUACCUAGUCGAUAGAGUGGGAAAGAAUGUUUCCUGGGUUUUUAUAAGUAUUUUAGGUACAAUUGUUGCUCAUGGACUGCUCACGUUCACAUUCGUAAAUCCCUACAUCUGCAUGAUUACAAUGGGUCUGUCAUACUCCAUGCUGGCGAGUGCUCUCUGGCCUUUAAUCGCUCUUGUUAUCCCUGAGUACCAAUUAGGAACGGCAUAUGGAAUAGCUCAGUCUGUGCAGAAUUUGGGAUUAGCAGUGGUAUCAAUAUUAACUGGCAUGAUAGUGGAUUCUGGUGGAUACUUCAUGUUAGAAAUGUUUUUCUUGGCAUGGUUAUGCAUUUCCCUUCUCGCCACUAUCGGAAUUUGGCUGUCUGACAUUACAACGGCGGGCGGUUACCUAAACAUGACUCCAGGUCAGCGUGAGAUUCGCGAUGGCGGAUGCAAACAGGCAGAAGCUACAGAAAGAGAAAAACUACUGACUACAUGCUCGGCGUCAGAUUUAUCGACGGAUGAUUUAUUACUGCCAAACUCGGAUAUUCACAUACGGAAUCGAUAUUUAUCACGAAUAGGAGCAAACUUGCCAGCAUCAACCAUAGGCCCCGCCUACAGACCAUUACGAUGAUAACAUUAGUCUCGUGUUUGACGUAACAUUUAGCUA